GGUCAUCGUUCAAGAAAAGUUGCGGGAGUAAUAUCUAAUCGACAGCUUCAAUAUAAAAAAAAAAAUUAGUUACACCGAAGCUUCUAAUUGGAUAAUUGCGUCCAGCUGUUGGUCUAACACGUGUCAUUACACUUAAGUUGGACUAUAGAAAACAAGUGUAGUACGAUAUACUUAGUCAUACACUUGACUUAAAUCAGCUGUUGCAUUUUUGUCGAAUCAGGAGCUUGUAUGUAGCUACAAAAACGUCAUUAAGGGGACGUUUAACCUUCCUAUUGGAUGAAACCAUGAACAGCUGAUUUACGUCAGUUAAGUGUAUUGUUAAAUAGAUCUUAGUAUAGGUCCAGCUCCAGUAUUUGUCACUGUGCUUCAGCCGUGUCAGUAUUGUGCACGAUUGUACUGAUUCUUUCUAUUGAAACAUUGAUCAGAAACUUGAAUGUGAUAUUGCAACAGCGGACGUAACAAAAUCCCACAACAAAAUAUCGAAUCUCAGAAAAGGCAAUAUGUUUUUGUAACUUGAUGUCUUGUAAGCUGAUAGUGUGCCUCUAUUAAGGAGUUAAUAGUGAAGGUUAUGUGCACUUGCAAAGUGGUGGGAAUGUCACUAUUUACAAAUUUUAUUAGUGAACAUGCAUUCUGAGGAUGAGUAUUGCGGUUGUACAUCCAGAUUCGAUGUAGAUGCAUAAUUGUUAUUAAAUGUUGAACACUUGACAAACUUCUAUUGAAAUGGCAGGCAGUUAUUAUUUUGUCAUUGUGGGACAUUCUGACAACCCAAUAUUUGAAAUGGAGUUUGCUCCAACCAACAAAGAAGCUAAGAAAGAAGAUCAUCGCCAUUUAAAUCAAUUUAUUGCACAUGCUGCACUUGAUCUUGUUGAUGAACAUAUGUGGAAAACAAAUAGUAUGUAUCUGAAAUCAGUUGACAAAUUCAAUCAGUGGUUUGUAUCAGCAUUUGUAACAGCCAGUCACAUGCGAUUUGUUAUGGUACAUGAUAUGAAAAAUGAAGAAGGUAUAAAAAAUUUUUUCAUGGAGAUGUACGAGACCUAUAUUAAGUAUUCAAUGAAUCCCUUUUAUAAACUUAAUGCACCUAUAAAAUCUCCUGCAUUUGAGAGAAAAGCACAAUUCUAUGGCAAAAAGUAUCUCAUAUGUUAAGAAGAACAGCAGUAGUCUUGUUUGGAUGUUCUGGAAGUUUAAAUGUCUGUGUAGAACAAAUAACUACAAUGCGUUUCUUUCAGUUCUGCUUGUAGACACUCUUGAGUGCCAUGCAUUUGUAUUGUAAAUAAAGAUCAGAAUUUAGAAUUGUGUAAGUUGUGUUGAGGUAAUACCUGAGUAUAUUGUUUUUGUAUAUUUCCUACCUUAAAAUGAAUUUUUACUUGUACUUGGGAUUGUAAUCUUCAUCAUGUAAAUAAAUUUAAUCCAAAGUAUAUAAUGUAUAAGAUGUUUUAUUCAUUAACAUGCUUUUAAACAAAUUAGAAGUAUGAUUUUGAAACAGCUUUGUGAAUAACUGCAAUCUUUGGCCCAGCCCAUCAAAAAUUGCAUAUUUCACAAAUGAAUUGCUAGCUUGUAGAAUCUAUUUGCAAUAUUUGAGUUCAGGGUUGUUUAUUGAUACAAUACUUCAAAGUAAUCUGGCACAUUUUUACAUAGUUAAAAUAGAAACAUUUUUCGAAGUCAUGUUUAGGUUUUAACAGUUUGAAAUCAGAGAUUCAGAUCUUCUUCAGUUAUUCAUUGGCCUCCAGUUGACAUCGUUGGGAAGAAUUGGGAUCUGAAAAUGAAGAAAAUGUUAAGACAUUUUUGUAAGAACAUACAAGUUUCAUAUAUGAAUCUUUCUUAUUAAGAGUACUUUUGUUUGGAUCCCGUCAAAACUAGGACGAAAAGAAAUAGUCAAUAUAAUGCGAAAGGGAAAUGAGAGGAUGAGAAGUAAUUUUCAAGAAUU